AGGUGUUCUGUCAGGUUGACGGCAGGAGUUUGUGCAGGCCAUUCAAGUUCAUCAAUACCGAAGUCACUCAUUUAUGGACCCUGGUUUGUGCAUUGGUGCACAGACAUGUUUGAACAGGAAGGAGGAGCCCCAAACUGUUUGACUGUCCAAAAUCUCUUGGUAUACUGAAGCAUUCAGAGUUCCUUUCACUGGAGCUCAGUAGCUAAUAUUUUGGACAUUUCCAACUUAAGGGGAACAGUUUGGAGAUGGCCCUUCCCUUUUCCAACAUGACUGUGCAUCAGUGCACAAAUCAGGGUUCAUAAAGACACUGAUGAGAGAGUUUAAAGUGGAUGAACUUGACUGGCCUGCACAAUCCUGACCUCAACCCUAUCGAACACUCUUGGACGAAUUAGAGCGAAGACUGAGAGCCAGGCCUUCUCGUCCAACGUGUAACUUCACGAAUGCGCUUCUGUAAAAAUGGCCAUGAAUUCCCAUAAACUCACUCCUAAACCUUGUGGAAAACCUACCCAAAAGAGUUUAAGAUGUUAUAACUGAAGAGGGUGGACCAAUGUCAUAUUAAAACCUAUGGAUUAAGAAUGGGAUGUCACUUAAAUUUACAUCAGUCAAGGCUGGUGAGUGACUACGUUUAGCCAUAUUGUGUAUGUGUGUGCGUGUGUGUGUGUGAGUGAGUGAGUGUGUGUGUGAGUGAGUGUGUGUGUGUGUGUGUGCGAGAAUAGAUAGAUAGGUGUGUGUGUGUGUGUACUGAAUUUCAUGUCUGCAUCACGUUCCUAAAAAGCUGGGACAGGGGCAACAAAAGACUGGGAAAGUUGCAAAAUGCUAAAAAAAAAACAAAAAAACACCUGUUUGGAACAUUCCACAGGUGAACAGGUUAAUUGGAAACAUGAUUUGGUAUAAAAGGAGCAUCCCCAAAAGACUCAGUUGUUCAAAAGCAAGGAUGGAGUGAGGUUUAUCACUUUGUUAACAACUGCAUGAGCAAAUAGUCCAACUGUUUAAGAACAAUGUUUCUCAAUGUACAAUUGUAAGAAAUUCAGGGAUUUCAAAUUUCAUCAUAUCUAGUCCAGAAUAUUAUCAAAAUAUUCAGACAAUCUAUAGAAAUCUCUGUCAGCCACAAGGCUGGCUGAGUGCCCAUGACCUUCGAUCCUCCAGGCGGCACUGCAUUCAAAAUUGGCAUCAUUGCAAGGUUACUGUAAUUGAUCAAAUUAUAUGAAAAUUACUCAUUUACUGGCACUGGAAGUCAUGACGUUUCGGUAUCAGUACAUUACCCAUAAUUCACGCAGACAGCGUCGUUGGCCUCGGUGUCACCAUUCCAUAUUUGAGUGUUGUUUGAAACCUGGUGUUCAUACUCUCAUGCAGGACCAGGAUAGCCAACAUUAAACAAGUGUAAUAAUCACAUCGAGUCAUGUCUCAGUGAUGUCUCUUGCAUGGUGCAGACACUUUUGGACACAGCUUGAUUCUUCAUUUGUAGCUUUUUCAACUCUCGUUUAAUCUCCCGAUUGGCUCGGGGCCAUCCAAAGAUCAAGUAGUGAGUGAGCCAAACACGUCAAAAACAGUUCUGGAAGCACAGCCAAUCCAUUUGUACACACCAACCAAGACGGAGAGACUGGGAUGCAAGGAAGCUCUGGUCCCUGCCAGUGGCCUUGUCUGCACACGCACAUCUUAAUUGCGCUGUACCACACCUUGAAGACAUGCUUCUGCAAAUAUUAGUAAUUCGCUAUGUGCAAAAUGUCAUGUGACCAAACCCGGAAAACGGGAUAGCUGACGUCCUGUGUAUGCUACGCUAACGAGCAUGACUGGUUUGAUGACAUGACUGUUUAAAGCUGAAUUUGUAAAAUUGUGUUUUCAUGGCUGGUGUGUUUGGACAAAAGUUAAAUACAUUGAUAUAAUUUAUUUAAACAAAUAUAUAUGUAAACACGACCGAAGCCCGAACAACAAAUAUUGUAAUCUUUGGUGGCUCUGUGGUGACAUUUUGUGUUUACAAAAGACAUGGUAGACCUUUUAAGUUCCUACGGGUGCUUUGAAACGGUCCCCUUCCCCAUUCACCCAAGCGAGGAGGAAGUGCUUUUACCCCUUUUGCCAAAUGCGGAGGUAGGUUGAGCAUAUACUGGAUUGUUAAUCGCUUUUUACCAUCAUAAUGAAUCUUUGGGUAAUAGCUGACAAAUAUUUUCCAGCAAGAUGUACUAUAGAAGAAGAAGAAAAAAACAUUUACUUUGUGAAAGCAUCUCAUAGUUUUAGUGCCACGAACAAGCAUCUAGUUCUUAUAUAGCCAACAGUUGCUAGUUUAUACGUAUAUUGUGAGGGUAAUACAUAUAGGCAAGAAUUUAAGGAAAUAAAAGAUUUGUGUCAAGUAGUGCUACGAACAAAUCAGUGAUGAUUCAGAUUGACUCAUCAAUCCUAAUAUAUAGAAAAAAAAAUGUGUAUCCAGAAUCAGAAUUUUCACAUUUGAAUCAAAACGAGUCAAAGAAUAAAAUACUUCUUAUUUUAUUCUUAACAAGCGCUGCAAUGCUGCCCACAAGUGCUGCCAUUUUGAUUUAGUGCACAUCGCCUCUGUGCAUGUACGCAUUGUCGCUUCACCAAGAUCUCCAUAAAGUUUGUUGCACAGAUAACAUGGGAGCGCCUCAACGGAAGCUGAAAAGGAGCCAUGGGUGGAGGAGGCGACCGCGGCACGCCGUCAGAUUUAAUGGGAGCAAGUUGAUCCAACACAGCGUGAAGCUAGAGUGAUUAGGUAGCCAGCAGGCUAGGUAGCAUUAGCUGGAAAGGUGACAAGCUUCGUCCAGUCUAUGAAAAUGUAUGGCACAGACGAGUGCGAAACAGACCCGGGAUUCUACCUGUGGCCAAGGGACAGCAAGGGAUCCUGGUCAAAAAUGCACCAACCAAAGAAGGACCCGGGGGGAAGCACACGGCGUCACUCGGCACGCCACCAGUCUGCCUCUCAUCGCCCUGAGCCUGCCGACCACACCUACCCUCCUCGACGGCUCUCUCCAAAGUCCCAGCAUGCAGAUCCUGGUGGUGGUAGCAGCUUUCAUGGGUGUUCUGCUCAGUGUGAGAGCAGCCGCCGUGCUUCCUGUGGAGGACAGCAGGAGCCCCAUGCAGGGGCUGAACAGGGGACAGGACCUAAGCAAACAGCGCAAAGAGCUGAUCCUGAAGCUGGUGUCCAGCUUGCUGGAGGGGGCAUUGGACACCAACAUACUCCCAGAGGAGACGUCACCCGAGGAGCUGGAGGAGCCGCUGGAUUCGCGCCUGGUGGAGCGGGCUGUCUACAACAGGCUAUCACUGCCUCAGCGUGACCGCAAGGCACCCUGUAAAAACUUUUUUUGGAAAACGUUCACCUCCUGUUAACAGAAAAAAAAAAAAAGAAACCCAAACAACAACACCCGCUGCCAGCUCCUCAUGAACUGUAGUGAACCUCAGCUGUGCAUCUCACCUCCACCUGUCAUUGAUGGACUUCACAGGACACGCUGUGUCACUUUUCAGCACAUGUACUGUAUUUAUGUACCUAUUUAUUUAUAGACACUAUGUAUGUGACAUCUUUUAAGGAUAAAGAAUAAAUCAUGGUUGUAAUAUUC